GUGAAGGUCUGGCCCACACAGCCUGUCGUCGCUUGCCAGGUUGCUGGGGCAACCAGGAACUACUCCGUCGUGUGUUAGACUCAAGAACGUUUGGAUUCUGGAGCUCAGUGGCGUGAGAUCUCGCAGACAUGGCAGCCGGCGUCCUGCCCCCAGUGAAGAGCGUGGUGGUCUACAGAAACGGAGACCCCUUCUACAAUGGACGCCGCUUUGUGAUUAACCAGCGUCAGGUGGCGACUAUGGAGGCCUUCCUGACUGAGGUGACCCAGAACAUCGGAGCCCCGCUGGCCAUCAGGACCCUAUACACGCCGAGGCAGGGUCACCGGGUCAACCACCUCCAGGAGCUUCAGACUGGAGCGCAAUACGUCGCGGCGGGGUUUGAGAAGUUCAAGAAGCUGGAUUACCUGAACUCUGGGGUGAAGAAGCCACAGCCAACACAGGAAGAUCCUGAGACCAAAGUGAUCCAGCGUCGGAACGUGUCGGCCAAGUGGAGGAAGUUGAUCCCGCUGCCGUGUGUCCUGCAUGUGUUCCGGAACGGAGACAUCCUGUGUUCCCCGUUCCGCUUCAUUAUUCCUCGGAGCUUGCAGCAGGACCUGGAGCUGAUCCUCAGCCUGGUCUCGGAGAAGGUCAGCUUGAGAACUGGUGCCGUGCGCAGGUUGUGCACGUUGGACGGAGUGACAGUGACCACAGCUGCCGAGCUGCAGACGGGUCACUGCUACGUCGCCGUAGGAAAUGAAAGGUUCAAGAAACUUCCGUACGUGGAGCUGUUGGCCUCAAAAAAAAGGUACUUGGACAGAAUUGUGAAGAGACGCACGCUGAGAGGAACUGAGAAGAGGAACCCAGAAAGUGGAGCUGAGGACCAGUUUAGUGACUCGGCUCUUCCGGACUCCCUCGAGCACGGUGACGGCCGCAGGGUGAAGUCCACAGGAGAUGAAGCGGCAGCGGACUCCGUGUUCUUCUCCAGACCCGUUAGGAUCCGCCAGAGACCUCCAAGGCCGCCGCUGGCUGCCCCAGCGGCUCAGCGCAGCGUCUUCAAGAGAGGAGCAGGGCAGAAGAGGGAGGAGCUGAGAGGAGCACAGGAGGUCCAGGAGGACCAUGACACACUCACAGAGCUUCCUGUGGACCAGAGGGCAGCAGAAACUGUGGAUGAGGAGGAGGACCUUAUACUUUCAACUCUGGACACAACACAUGAGCUACAGACGUCGGAGAGAGUUGAUGAAGGAGCAACACAACACUCAGCGAGAGCAGAGGAGGCGACCUCUGCGUUGGUACACACUGACACACACAACUGUAAUGCACUACACAAGUUUUCACUGACCAUGGACCUGCAGCAGGAGCCGAAGGAGGAGAAGAGCUCAGCAGAAUCGGUUCAACGACAGAACCUGGUCUCUCAGGGGGAGUCGGUGCGUGAAGUUGUGAACUAUUAUUUAAAUAGUGUGCGACAGUUGAGCUUGUGUUCUACAGGAGGAUCGGGAGGAGUCCAGAGAACCAGUCAUGUGACCACCGCAGACAGCUAAUAUUGGGCCGCUACAACGACGAAAAGCUUCCUGCUAGUUUGAUGCUACUUCAACAAAGGAUUUCUAACAUUUAGAAUUCAACAACUCUCUCACAAAUUUUCUAAAUGUUUCACUCUGCAGCUUCAUGAUCGGAUCAUGAGUGACGGAUGAAUGUUGUCGAGGAGACUAUGACCUGCUAGAACAACUCAUGUCGUCUCACUGAGAAGGUGGUAGUUGUGGCACCAGAUGAACACUCACUUUGCCAAUUUCUUAAUUAAACUUCUGUUCUCAGUUUGACUUCUCUUUUGAGAGUGUUCAGUAUAAAACUUGAGCUUUGUCGUUUUGAGUGGUUC